GCCUGCGAGGACAGAUGGAGCCUGAGGUGCCUGUGGGGAUCUCUGCCCUCAGUGCAUGGCACCAGAUUGGUAGCCCUGAGCCAGCAUGGGGCGAGUCCUCCCACCCCCCACCCCCCCCAACCUGCAGCCCAAUGGGGCUUUGGCUCCUGCGCACACUGGGACAGCACUGAGCCAUGCAGUUACCUGCAGAGGUGCCCUCCUGGUUCUGGAGAUGCCUUUGGGCAAGGAUUUGGGUUUUGUGCUCUGUGACCGUCGGCAGCGCUUUGGGGUCACAGAGCUGUGGUUGUGGGGCAGUCCGGCUGUCUGUGGUCGUUUCCAGAACGUUCCCCACCUGCUGCCCUGGCACUGGGGGGGGGGGUUCAGAUGCGCUGGAUGCGGCGGGGAUGUAAUGGAUGGGCUCUGUGAUAAGCCUGGCCAGUCAUCCUAAAAUAAUAAAUAAAAUGCAUACCGAGGGCUGCUGUGAGAUAGGAUCAGCAAUAUCAGGGCUGGGGAAAAUUACCACAGCUCUUCAGCAGCAAAACGAAGGGUGUGGAGGGAAAGGGGUGGAAGGAGCCAUUGGGGAGCAUCGCCUCCCCGUUUGGGGGUGGGUCCUUUGGAGCCGGGGGGGGCUGCGGCCGUAUCCCUGCGCUGCGGGCUGCCCUGCUCAGCACUGGGUCCGUCCACUCCCUGGAGGCAUUGGGAGGCAGCUCCUUGCUCUCAUUGAGGCAGGUUCUGUGCCCAGGACGGGUCCUGUGGCUGCUCUCCGUGGGCUUCUGUUCCUGGUGCUGCUUCUGAGUCACGGCGUGCCCUUGGAAAAGACCUUUGUGCCUCCAGGCUUGCCUGCGUGAGCAAACGGCAGCGCUGGGCUUGAAUCGCUCCCAAAGCAGCCUCGGUUUGUUUGAUGCAGAACUUGAGGGUCUGCUCGUGUCUGGUGGAAUAUUAAUGUCAGUGCCUCGAUGAGGACGUUGCGUUGGGAUAAGAGCAUCUUGCUGAGGCUUUAGAGUGUGUCUAAAAGGGGAUUUAGGAGAGGGUUUGUGUUUGUACGGCAGACCUCUGUUCACACUGUCAGGGCUUGUUUGUGUACGCAGAGCUGAUUCCUGUGCAGGUGGUCAGGGAAGGGUUAAUGCCCCGGGCAGCGAUGGUGGUUAAAGCUGCGGAUGGAAGCAAAGCUCUGCCGUGCUCCAACCUGACGGGAGCUCCUGCGUGCUCCCAGAGCACAGCAAUGGGGAUGGAUGGGCAGCACAGUGUCGUGGGAGGGGAGCCUGCUUUGUGCUGAGACCUCUGCGGAGCUGAGCUGAGCGCGGUGGGGCGGCUGUGAGCGGGGAGGAGAAGAGAAGCCGAGAACUUUGAUCCCAAUAAGAGACGGGAUGAAGCCGCCCUGCAGCCCAACUACUGGAGCUUUAAGACCAGGAGCUCCAGGCACUCACAGGGCUCCCAGCCUGGCCUGGCAGACCAAGCCAAGCUCUCCUUUGCCUCGGCCGAAUCCCUGGAAACCAUGUCGGAAGCGGAGCUGCCUCUGGGCUUCAAUAGGAUGAACCGGUUCCGGCAGAGCCUGCCUCUGUCCCGCUCCACCAGCCAGACGAAGCUGCGCUCCCCAGGGGUCCUCUUCCUGCAGUUUGGGGAUGAGACGAGGCGCGUGCACAUCACCCACGAGAUCAGCAGCAUGGACACCCUGCACGCCCUCAUCGUCCACAUGUUCCCCCAGAAGCUCACCAUGGGGAUGUUGAAGUCUCCCAACACCGCCAUCCUCAUCAAGGACGAGUCCCGCAACGUCUUCUACGAGCUGGAAGAUGUCCGCGACAUCCAGGACAGAAGCAUCAUUAAAAUAUACCGAAAAGAGCCGCUCUACGCCUCAUUCCCCGCCUCGCACAUCACCAACGGCGACCUGAGGCGGGAGAUGGUUUACACCUCCAGGGAAUCCUCCCCCACCCGCCGCCUGAACAACAUGUCCCCGGCCCCCCACCUGGCCUCGGGCUCCCCCCCGCCCGUCCUGCAGUCCUCGUCCCCCUCCCGCUCCCGCAUGUCCUACAGCGGUGGCCGCCCGCCCUCCUACGCCGGCAGCCCCGUGCACCACGGCGAGCGCCUGGCCAGCCUUCCCCCAGCAGCCGGCGUCUCUCCCAGCCCCAGCGCCAUCCUGGAACGCCGAGACGUCAAACCCGACGAGGACCUGGCAGGGAAGAACAUGGUGCUGGUGAAGAACGAGGGGCUGUACGCCGACCCCUACGGCAUGGUGCACGAGGGGCGGCUCAGCAUCACCUCCACGCAGUCUCUGGCCGGCAUGGGGGACCCUUUUGGUUACUCGGGGGGGCUGUACAAGCGGGGCUCGGUGCGCUCGCUCAGCACCUACUCGGCGGCCGCGCUGCAGACGGAGCUGGAGGACAGCCUGUACAAACCCAACGCGCAGAUCUACAGCGAUACGUACGGACCCGGCCUGGGUUUCCGCAUGCCCCCCUCCUCCCCGCAGAAGAUGGUGGAGGGGCAGAGCCCGCACAGCCCCUACUCGGGGCCGCCCAGCCGCUCCUCACCCGUCCGGCAGUCCUUCCGCAAGGAUUCCUGCUCCUCUGUCUUCAUGGAGAGCCCGGUCAGCAAACCACGCAACCCCAGCACUGCGGGACCCCCUGAGCUGUUCCCCGGCCCUGGGGACCGUCCUCUCUCGGGGUUCAGCUCCCCAGUGCCGGCCAAGGACACGGAAACGAGGGAGCGGAUGGAGGCCAUGGAGAAGCAGAUCGCCAGCCUGACGGGGCUGGUGCAGAGUGCGCUGCUCCGCGGCUCCGAGGCUGAGACCCCCAGUGAGAAGACCGAAGCUACCAAUGGCGGGACUCCCCCAUCAGCAUCAACCAGCCGCAGCGGUAUGGGGACCCCAGUGCCUGCACCCCCCCCACCCUCCGCCACCAGCACGCCUGCAGGGCAGCCCACAGCCAUCACCCGCCUGCACAUGCAGCUGCACCUCCACGACCUGCAGCAGAACGCCAGCGACCUCCGCAACCAGCUGCAGCAGCUCAAGAAGCUGCAGCUGCAGAACCAGGAGACGGUGAAGACGAUGCUGCGGCGGACGGAGACGGAGAUCAGCGUGAGGGUGACGGACACCAUGCGCAAACACGAGGACCCGCUGCAGCGCCAGCGCAGCCUGGUGGAGGAGGAGCGGCUGCGGUACCUGAACGAGGAGGAGCUGAUCACCCAGCAACUGAACGACCUGGAGAAGUCGGUGGAGAAGAUCCAGAAGGAUCUGGCGCACAACCACCGCCUGAUCCCGGUGCAGGAGCUGGAGGAGAAGGCCGUGGUGCUCAAGCAGCUCGGGGAGACGCUGACGGACCUCAAGGCCCAGUUCCCCAGCCUGCAGAGCAAGAUGCGGGUGGUGCUGCGGGUGGAGGUGGAAGCUGUGAAGUUCCUCAAGGAGGAACCAAACCGCCUCGACGGGCUGCUCAAACGCUGCAAGACGGUCACCGACACACUCGCCCAGAUCCGCAGGCAAGUGGAUGAGGGCGUGUGGACCCCCCCCAACAACCUCAGCCAAUCCCCCAAGAAGAUGGCCCCCGAGACAGACUUCAGCAAAGGGCUGGAGCUGGAAAUGCCCCCCAGCCCCCCCGUGAGCCUCCACCACCUGACGGCCAGCACUGAGCCCCUGGGCAUGCCCAGCUUUGGGCACAGCCCCCCCCAGACCCAGAGCCACCCCUCCAAGAGCAAUAACCCUUCCCGGGCUCCAGAGAUGGUGCCUGCCAAAACCCAGACGGGUCCCGAGACGCCCAGUAAGAAGAGCGCAGACAAAGCCGUGUCUGUGGAGGCUGCCGAGCGGGACUGGGAGGAGAAGCGGGCAGCGCUGACCCAAUACAGUGCCAAGGACAUCAACCGCCUCCUGGAGGAGACUCAGGCUGAGCUCAUGAAGGCCAUCCCUGACCUGGAGUUUGCUGCCAAGCACAAGCAGACCACGGGCAGCAGCAGCGCCGCAUCCACGCCGGAGCAUAAACCAUCCAAGCCUCAGCAUGCACAGAAAUCCACGGGGAAGGUGGACCCCAAUGGCCGCAGAGGCUCAGAUGAGCUGACGGUGCCGCGGUACCGCACCGAGAAACCCUCCAAAUCACCGCCUCCACCCCCGCCCCGCCGGAGCUUCCCCUCAUCCCAUGGGCUGACCACCACCCGCAGCGGAGAAGUCGUCGUCACCAGCAAGAAGGAGCCCGGCUUUAUGAAGAAAGCAGAAUCGGAGGAGCUGGAGACCCAGAAGCCACAGGUGAAGCUGAGACGGACGGUGUCCGAGGUGGUGAGACCUGCAUCCACCCCACCCAUCAUCGCCUCUGCCAUCAAAGAUGAUGACGAUGAGGACCGCAUCAUUGCGGAGCUGGAGGUGUUUCAGAGGAGCUCUGCCUCCCCUUUCCUCCCCACGCUCCGUUACGACCCUCUCGCGGCUGCCGUCUCCCCUGGGCACGCAGACAUGUGGCCCAAUGGAGCCUCCGUUGCAGCCGAAGGAUGGAAGGAGCUGGCAGCCCCAGCAGCCCCGGGGAGCAGGGCUUUCUCCCUCCCGCAGAUUGUGCUCACCCAGUGGGUGUCGGCGCCGCCGUCCCCCGAACCCGAACCCGCGGUGGCAGUGGAACAGCGCUGCUCUGAGCACGGGGAUCCCACUGGCCGUGGAGGAGCAGGAGGGGAGCACACAGCCGAGGUGGGGAGGAGAGGUGCAGCGUCAGCCAGCAGCCCCAGCCGGUCUCCGUGUGCAGCCGGGAGCGCUCCAUCCGCAGCCUUGCAGCCCCUGAGCACCGCACCCCGCGCACCGGGAGGGACACGCGGGUUCCCCCCUGCUGUCCCGAAGCACAGAGCAAGCUGGCCGGCAGCGGGAGCAGGAGGGGACGCCGCUCUGAACUCUGCCAGAAGGCGCGAAGGCAGCAGCGAGGCUUCUCCACGGCGCCCUUUGGCUCCUCGUCCCCAAGGGACGGUCGUGGCACUCCCCCCCAGUGCAGGCAGCGAAGGGCACAGCAUCGCCCCGCGGCUCCCUGGUGAUGCAGAGCCCCGAGGUGGAGCUGGGCGGGAUGCAUCCCUCCCCCCUGGAUGUGCACGGAGGGAGCAGCACGGCAGCACGCCGGUGCCAAGAGCCGGGUGCCCCCCAGCCCUGCAGGGCAGCAGAUGGAGCCAGGCUGAGCACCCCAAAUGCGUGGCAGUGCAGGAUCGGGGCUCUGCUGGGGCUGAAGCGGGGGGGGUGGCAGCCGAGGGGCUCCGCAGCCCCACUCCUCAGGGAAGGAGCGAAGCAGAGGGGUCCCCCCUGCACAGCAUGUCACCGCGCAGCAGGGAGAUCUGUGAAGGUGCCUACCAGAGACUGGACAGCCUGGAAGAAACCAUCCGUGAGCUGGAGAUGACCAUCAGUGAGAUCGGCAGCCACCGCUCGGCUGAGGCUGCGUUCCCUGCAGGGCUGCUGGGACAGGCGGUGCCCGGGGAUGCCAUCCAGGAGACUGAGGACGGCGUGGGGCACUGUGCUGAUGGCACUGCCCUGGAUCUCAGCCACACCAAAGCUGAUGCUGCCAAGAGGCCACCCCUGAGCCACACCAAACCGCCUCUGCUUCCCAAGCCGCAGCUCAGCACGCCUCAGAGUGGUGGCGUUUCCAUCCCGCCCAUGAAGAUGGUGAACCCGGCAUCCAGGCUGAAGCAGAGCCAGCAGGGCAGCCCCGACAAGAGCAAGCACAUCAAGCAGAGGAUGGAGUACAUGCGGAUCCAGGGACAGCAGCAGGCCGCUAGACCAUCCAAAGAUCCUAGUGAGACUCCCCCCGCAGAGAAACCCACCUCGGGCAGAACAUCCAUCCCCGUAUUGACUUCCUUUGGGGCAAGGAACUCCUCCAUCUCCUUCUGAGCCUCCUUGCCAGCUCCAAACAUCAUUUCCCCACUCUGGGGUUGGGCUCCUCCUGCCCUGGACUGUCUCCUGGGGGCACCUCCAUGUGCACCCCCCUCCCCCCCCCCCCCCAUAUCCAUGUCCCACCCCCCCACAUGGCCAGCUUGGCCCGGCUGCUGCCCCACGCCUCGCUCCAGACAGCCAGCCACAGCCACUUGCUGUUUCUUUUCUCUCUUUCUCUUUCCCUCUCCCCUUUCUAUUAUUAUUACUAUUAUUAUUAUUAUUAUUAUUUUCGUGUUAUUUCCGUUGUUUUCUUUUUGGUU